CAGGUUUCUAACCAACGGCGCUCUUUUUCCUUGCUUCCUUUCUUUCAUCGGCCCUCCAUUCUCUCUAUCAGCUCGCUGCCCAACCGAUCUUGAACAAUGACUCUCUCCAGCACCUCCGUCGCUGCGGCCUCGGGCGUCGUCCUCGUCGGCGCUUAUCUGGUCGACCCUUCCUCGAUCCCUAUUGUCGCCGCCGGUGUUGCUGCCACCUGGGUCCGCCGCCUUCUGAAGAAGAGGGCCUCUCGAAUCCCCCCACUGGACCCCAAGGAAUACCGCAAGUUCACUUUGGUCGACAAGGUGAUCGCCAGCCCCAACACUGCCAUGUACAAGUUUGAGCUCCCCAACAAGGAUGAUAUCCUCAACUUGCCGAUCGGACAGCACAUGUCUAUCAUGGCCAACAUCAAUGGCAAGGAGAUCUCGCGCAGCUACACUCCUACCAGCGGCAGCGAUGACAUCGGACACUUUGUUCUCUGCAUCAAGUCAUACCCUCAAGGAAACAUCUCCAAGAUGUUCAGCGAACUUUCGAUCGGCGACACGAUCAACGCUCGUGGUCCCAAGGGCCAAUUCACCUACACGCCCAACAUGUGCCGUGCCAUUGGCAUGAUUGCUGGCGGUACUGGACUCACUCCUAUGCUUCAGAUCAUUCGUGCGAUUAUCAAGAACCCAGAGGACAAGACCCUCAUUAACCUGAUCUUUGCUAACGUCACCCAUGAGGAUAUCUUGUUGAAAGCCGAGCUUGAUCUUUUGUCGAAAAAGCACCCUCAAUUCAAGGUCUACUAUGUUCUGAACACCCCUCCAGAGGGAUGGACCGGCGGUGUUGGCUUUGUGAACGCGGACAUGAUCAAGGAGCACAUGCCCAAGCCUGCAAGCGACAUCAAGGUCUUGCUUUGCGGUCCCCCACCCAUGAUUUCGGCUAUGUCCAAGGUCACACAAGAUCUUGGAUAUGACAAAGUCAACGCUGUCUCCAAGCUUCCUGACCAGGUCUUCAAGUUUUAAGAGCGAAUGAACUGUAUAUGUAUACUAUAGAUAAAAGAAGAGAAAUACACAUUGAACAAUUGAACCUGC